AUGCAAGCUGGCCCGCACAGCGAUAGGAACAUGAAGAACACAAAGAAUUGGUUGGUCGUGUCUCAGCCUAAGAGUCCGAAGCUUGUGGCGCAGAUCGGCCGAGACCCACAAUAUUUUGACAUCAGCACUGACUCAGAGGAGGAUUCCUCUGAGGGGGAGUGGGAAGGCACAGGGGAGCCGAAGGAUUUAGACCAGAGAGUUGCUCGCUUGUUGCAGCUUGUGCGUGAAGAGGAGAAGGCGUUGAUUGAGGAGUUGAGGCAGGGACUAACAAACGUGACGCCAUGCUUGGUCGCGGAGUUGCAAGAAGACUUGAGGAUCGCCAGUUUGUUGCAGGAGCAGGAUGGUUGUGAGCAUGAGCUUGAGCUUGUUCGUUGCAAGUUUGCGUUGCAUAAGUUGGCGUCUGUUGAGCGUGAGCUUGAACAAGCAUGGUGUGAGGUUGAAAAAACAAGCCUGCCUCAGGUGCGGGCGAUCAAGGUUCCAGCUGAAUCCUCACAGGAAGUUGAUCAUGAUCCUUCGUCUGGGUUGGGUCCUGCUUGUGAUUCUACGUUUGUGCUUGGUGACGGCUUGGUUCCGGGGGAGUCCCCGCCGAGCUUGCAUCCAGACUUUGGGCUUGAAACACCUGAGAUUGUAGAAAAAGGAGCAUGUGCAGUGCCGGGCGCGCUUCUCCAGACGAGAAUUGUUUCCCAGGCUGAGGUCUGGAAAAAUCUUGAACAGUGGAGGCAGCCGCUGACUGACGAAGUUGUUGCCUUGAAAGACUUGCACAGGGCUGUGUGGGCUAUUGGUCCCGAGGAGCUUAAACGUUUGGAGGAGCUUGCUGAGGUGUCGGUAAUUCCCGCGAAGGGUGUGUACACCCAGAAGCCAAUCACGAACAGGCUUAGGGCUAGGAUAGUUGGAUACAGGAACUUCCUAGAGGGUGAACCCCCUGUAGAGGAUGCUGCGAAGGGCAGUACGAGGUCUCAGGACCUCUACGCCGGAGGUGUUGAUGGGGUCAGUGUGCGACUUCAGACUAGUGUCGCGGCAAUCAAGGGUUGGGGUAACGCUACCCUGGACAUCAAAACCGCCUUUCUGGGAGCCCCACUGUAUCAAGAUCGCCAAGGCCAGGCUGUGUUGCCUCCCGGGGAUUUGAGUUCGGGUCGUCUUGACUUUGACAUGUUGGUCAGAAAGCUCAAAAGCGUGCAAGGCAACAAGGUCAAGAUUGUGGUAGUCACUCCACCACGGGUCCUAGUAAGUCUGGGCUCGUGGAAGAAUCUGAAAAGUGGCUUGUCCUAA